AUGGGCCCAUUCUUUGGCACUCCAGAGAGGACAUAAUCUUUGCCAAGUCAAGUUCAUGGUUCGAUUUGAUUGCAAGCAGGUGCUUUUUUUUUACUUUGAGUAAUUUUCAAUAAUUUGGAUAACCCUCGGCAUUUCAGUUGGGAAUUGUUUGAGUACACUUUUGGUUAUUUUCUCUGAUCCUGCUGUGGCUACCUUGAGCUUUCUUUCUCAAACUUUUAUGAAUUUAACAUUCCCCAAAGAGACUGGAUCCACCUCUUAUUCCUCUGGACAGAGUAUUCAUACAUUUUUCUUCUUCAGAAAGCCCCCCUUGAACCACUCAGAGAGACAACAAUUCACACAGCCCCAACUCCAGAAAUAGUCUCCUUAUUUAAAGUUGUCAUCAUCAUCAUCUUCUUCUUCAGUAAACUCCAGACCAACUGAGUCGUUUGCCUCUGACCUUUCCUCAGCUUCAAAGACACUCCAAUAGUCCUUCAUCACCAUGGCUUCGUGUAACCAGACUAAUCAAGUCUGCAAUAAUGGAGCAACGAAUCGUGCCAAUUGUCUUGGUGUCCGUGAGGAGACAAGUACCAUGGGUCCGACUAACCCUCAACAGAAUCACACCAAUCAUUCUCCUAUCGAUGUUCUUGUUAUCGGUGCUGGAAUUUCCGGUCUGACUGCGGCUCUUCAAUUGACGCGAGCCGGCCAUCCGGUGACGAUAGUAGAAGCCAGAGACAGGGUAGGCGGGAGAAUCGAUAGCCAUGAUUGGGCCGAUGGCUCGAUCGAUCUUGGUGCUAGCUUCCUACAUGGGGUCGACGGAAACCCUUUGGUUGAUUUGUUAAAACAAUUCGAUGAACCUCUUUAUUUCGAGAAUGAGACAGAUCCAAUCAAAAUAUAUCCUUACCAAGCCGAAAGAUUAUCCGAUCAAACGACGAAGGAACUCUAUGACCAUGCCAACAAGACUUUCUUCUCCACCGCCAGGACAUUUUCUCAAUCGAUGCUUUUACCACAUCCUCAUCCCCACACCUCGUCUGGUUUGCCUUACAAUCCGCCUCCGAAAUCUCUAUAUGACUUCUUACUGGACUCGCCCACCUCCCCUCUAUAUAAAAACCAUCAUACACCCGCCGAACGAAACGUUUUACAAGAAAUCGUCAACUCCUUGGAUUCAUGGACUGGCGCGUCUUCUGAGCAAGUCUCGCUGAAGUGGUGGGGCUUCGAGAAGGACUAUACCGGCGAGGAUGGGGUGUUACCGAACACAUACAGCAGUUUGAUACGCAAGAUGGCGAGCGAGUUUGAGCGAUUGGGCGGACGGAUCCUGCUAGAUUCUGAGUGUGAGCGCAUUCAACUCCAGAUCCCGACGGGUCGAAUACGAGUGAGAGUUGCUGGGAAGCCAGAGGAGAUUGAGGCCGGCUGUUGUGUGUGCACGCUCCCUCUCGGCGUCUUGCAGGCCAAAGCUGACAUCUUCGAUCCCCCGCUUCCACCGCGACGAUUACUUGCAAUCUCGAGGACCGGUUUCGGCCUGCUCAACAAGGUUGUCGUCCGCUACCCCACCUGCUGGUGGUCCGGCGGUGUCCGCUGGUUCGUCCUCUUGCCAGCCGAGGCGGAAAGUGAAACUGACUCGGAGAGUGAAGGAAGUCACCCCUCGGCCGACAGCUCGAUCACAUCAGCCAGAUCUUCCAGUCCUGAAAACCAUUGGCCAUCUCCCACCAUGAGUGGGACGAGUAAAUCGAACUCAAGGCCCGAAUAUUCUGUGCUCUUCUCCAAAGGGGUCAAGGUUCAAAAUUACGUGCCGAUUACUGGCGAGCCAGUAUUGGUUUUCUAUUUGGGAGCGGAAGCGGGGGAAGCAGUCGAGCACUUUUCGAAUGAGUAUGUGGCUGAACUCAUCCAUGAAAAGUUACUCUCUCAAGUGCCAGUGGAGGAAAGAAGCGUGGAGGAGCCGGACCUUCCGAGCGAAUGUCUCGUCACUCGCUGGAGGAGCGACCCAUACGCGAGAGGCUCAUAUUCCUUCAUGAAGACCAAAACCUCGCCCAAAUUUAACGACCAUGGCGACUUGGAAGAUCAUGAAGACUCAAAUCCACUCGACUUGAUCGAGAUGAGCAAACCGCUCUGGGACGGUAAAUUAGGCUUCGCUGGAGAGCAUUGCUCAGUAGACCACUACGCCUGCGUCCAUGGACCUUACAUGACUGGAUUGGAAGAAGCCCAACGGAUCCAAUCGAAUUACCACAGCUUUAACCCGCAUACAGAGCAGGAUCAAAAAGAUAUCUCCAGGUUGACCACAAGCUUUCAAAAGCUUAUCUGAGAACUGAGGCUCUCAAGAUCGAUGGGACAAGGAGUCCUCAAAAAUCUUUUGCUUUGAAUUUGAAUAUGUUUAUUUCUUGUAUCAAUCAAAUCCCUCGAGAACAAAUGCAAUGAGUUCAAGAGGAUGAAAAAAAAGAAUAACUAAAUGUAAAACAAGACCAUUAUUAUUGUAAAAUAUAACAUUUUUUUAUCAUUCUUAUUUUUGACUACAAACGAGAAUAUAAAGAAAAUGCAAUACAC